CUCACUCUCCGCCUGUUUUCCCGCACGGCUCGGCCCGGACGCACGCAGCUCUCAGCCACACACACCGCCAGCACACGGAAUGGACACGGAAGGGAGCCAGAGCAGCCUGUCCGCCACGGACUCCCCGCACGACCCCUGCAAAAUGUUCAUAGGUGGACUCAGCUGGCAAACAACACAAGAGGGUCUGAAGGAGUACUUCUGCAAGUACGGCGAGGUGAAGGAGUGUAUGGUGAUGCGAGAUCCGGUUACUAAGCGCUCGAGAGGGUUUGGAUUCGUCACCUUUGUUGAUCAGGCCGGCGUGGAUAAAGUUUUGGCCCAAACCAGGCACGAGUUGGACUCAAAAACAAUUGAUCCAAAGGUCGCGUUCCCUCGCAGAGCUCAGCCCAAGCUGGUGACUCGAACCAAGAAGAUCUUUGUGGGAGGCCUGUCAGUGAACACAACCAUCGAGGACGUCAAGCAGUACUUUGACCAGUUUGGGAAGGUCGACGACGCCAUGCUCAUGUUCGACAAGACCACCAACAGACACAGAGGGUUUGGCUUCGUUACAUUUGAGAACGAGGACGUGGUGGAGAAAGUCUGCGAGAUCCACUUCCACGAGAUCAACAACAAAAUGGUGGAGUGUAAGAAAGCUCAGCCCAAGGAGGUGAUGUCCCCCACCGGCUCGGCCAGGGGGCGCUCUCGGGUGAUGCCCUAUGGGAUGGACGCCUUCAUGCUGGGCAUUGGUAUGCUGGGUUAUCCAGGCUUCCAGACUGCCACCUACACCAGUCGCAGCUACGCCGGCAUCACUCCGGGAUACACCUACCAGUUCCCUGAGUUCCACUUAGAGAGGACUCCCCUUCUGACUUCACCCCACCCCCCUGAGCUCACAGCCAUUCCUCUCACAGCGUACGGACCAAUGGCAGCAGCAGCGGCAGCGGCAGCAGUAGUCAGAG